UCUCGCUUCUCUCUGGCGGGAAAGACACAACUGCUACUACUCAACAUACUCACUAAAGCUUCUAGAACCGUGAACCACUGCAAUACAUCACGGUCUAUUUUCCCGCUUCUUUUUUGUCGACUAUCAAAUCGCAGAACAUCCUCAUUCAACCCAACUGCAAACAACAGAAUUUCAAAAGUCGACAAAAUCCCAAGUCCCGCAAAUAACGAACCCAAAAGGCUACAAAAAAAAGUAGGGAAAGAUUUCUAAAAGAAGAGAAAAAAAAAGAAAAAAAAAAGAUGUUCAUAUCCACAACCCUAACCUCGGGAAUCUCCGACAUCCUCGACCCAAAACACCGCAAAAUCAACUUCGCAGAGUCCGUCAACCAAAACUUUGUCGUGCAGAUGCUGCGCCGCGCAUGGACCGCAACCCCACCGCCUCCAGAAACGAUCCAAAAACUCGGCGUGGAACGAGCGUUGAAGGACUGGGUCCAAGACCAUAAAGCGACGCUGCAGAAAUUAGACAAGGCGCAGCAUGAAGAGUAUGAUGAAGGGAUUGCGCAGAAUCCGGAUAAAGAGGAUGUAGAAAGCGAGUGGAGGAGGCAUUUGGUGUAUAUGUAUAACCACCUCUUCUACGACAUCGGCGGCAUGUUACCCGAAACCAACUGCGCCAUGGGCCACUUCCAUUCCCCAAACUCCGAGACAUGGACAAUCUCCUAUGACGACAAGCCGUCUCCUGACUCGGAACCGUUAGCGACGACGGUCGUCGUCGUGAAGAGUUGGCCGCGGAAUAUCGUCAUUCUGCCGGCGUUCCUGGAUAAGGGGGUUGAAGUGACGGCGUCGAGGGAAGUGGUGGAUGAGUCCGGGACAGCGGGGGAGGUGGUGAGUUUGGGAUCGUUUGGUGCGAGGGGUGGGACGUGUGCUUGGUUUGUCAAGGGGGGUAUGGAUGUGACGUUUAAGGUGGAGGUGGGGAGGGGGGGUGAGGAUUUGGAUUCUGAAAGGACGGGUGUAGCUGCUGUCUUUGCCGUUGGUCUCUUGUGCACCGAUCCGCAUGGAGAAGCGCAGGUCGAGUGAGUGGUCGGCGGUGUGGUGUGUGGGUAACGAUGUUUAGGAUGUUCCUGGGCCACAUUAUCGAGUAAAAUCACAUCAAUGUGCG